GCCCCCCACCCCGCCCCUCCGCCGCAGGAAGGCGCGCGGCCGCGGUGCGUAUUUAUGCUGAGCGUCGCGGCCCAGCGCGGGGCGGAAGCGCCCGGCAGUGCGUCCUCCCCGCCCGCCUUCCCGCCGGGUGUAGGCGACGAGGAUGAGCCAGAGAGACACCCUGGUGCAUCUCUUUGCUGGCGGAUGUGGAGGUACUGUUGGUGCAAUUCUGACAUGUCCACUGGAAGUUGUGAAAACACGAUUGCAGUCCUCCUCUGUGACUCUCUACAUCUCUGAAGUCCAUCUCAAUACUGUGAAUGGUGCUAGUGUCAAUCGAGUAACUAGAGUUUCUCCUGGACCCCUCCACUGUUUGAAGAUGAUCUUGCAGAAGGAAGGACCUCGCUCUCUAUUUAGAGGGCUGGGUCCUAAUCUUGUAGGCGUUGCUCCUUCCAGAGCAAUAUAUUUUGCUGCUUACUCAAACUGCAAGGAAAAGUUGAACAGUAUUUUCAACCCAGAUUCUACCCAGGUACACAUGAUUUCAGCUGGUGUGGCAGGUUUUACUGCGAUCACAACAACUAAUCCCAUUUGGCUAGUAAAGACACGAUUACAGCUUGAUGCAAGGAAUCGUGGAGAAAAGCGAAUGAGUGCUUUUGAAUGUGUCCGAAAAGUUUAUCGGUCAGAUGGUAUUAAAGGCUUCUACAGAGGAAUGUCGGCAUCCUACGCAGGCAUAUCUGAGACUGUUAUUCAUUUUGUUAUAUAUGAGAGUAUUAAGAGAAAACUACUGGAGUAUAAGACUGCUUCUGCCAUGGACAAUGAGGAUGAAUUGGCAAAAGAAGCUUCAGACUUUGUUGGAAUGAUGAUGGCUGCUGCCACUUCCAAAACUUGUGCAACAUCAAUAGCAUAUCCCCAUGAGGUUGUACGAACAAGACUAAGAGAAGAAGGAACAAAAUACAGAUCUUUCUUCCAGACACUGUCUUUGCUUGUGCGAGAAGAAGGGUAUGGAUCCCUCUACCGAGGUUUAACUACACAUCUGAUCAGACAGAUUCCAAACACAGCUAUCAUGAUGUCAACCUAUGAAGUGGUAGUCUACUUGCUUGAUGGAUAGCAGCAUGACGAGGCUUCCUAGAAGAAGGUGGAAGAUUGAAAGACUGGAGUGGACCACUGAAUGUCAUUGCCAAUGUGGUGGGCAAAAGGAAAGUUACAUCAGGAACAUGUAGCUGUGGACAAAACAGAAGGUUGAUUGUGGGCAACUAUGAAUAAUUUUGCUGCCUUAUUUCAUGGUCUCUUGGCAAUGUGACAAAUGGGAACUGCCCCUUAAGGAAUGCCUUUAUACAUUCCUUAAUUAAAAAUUGUUACUUUCUUUUCAUCUGAUAAUCUAGACGAGGCCAAUCAGUCAUCUUCAGAGACAUGAUGGGUGAGGUAGGGGGGUGUAAAAUGUAUUCCUGGGCACCCUUAGUAACUUCUUGUAGUGAUUGCUCUCAACUACAUCCUUUUUGUUCUGUUUUUACUGCACAGUAACCUGUUGGAAGAGUGGGGAAGACAGUACUUUCAUACCUUUCCAUACCCAAAACUUCCAUUCAGUUGCUCUGAAGAGUCAUAGAGACUGAGGUAGUAGUCAGUAUGUAAAGUUUUCCAUGUUGCUACCUCAAGACAAAAUAUGGCGCAGGGACCCAGAACAGAGUUAUUUCUUCACUACGAAAGGUGAUACUUGGAUGGUUUGGGUUUUUUGUUUUGUUUUGGUGUUUUGUUUGCUUUUUGUUUGUGUUUUGUUUUGUAUUUUUAAGUUUAAGCAGUGUUGUAGGUUAGCGAGAGAGGAUCUGAUUCUUGAACUCUUCAGGUUAUCAAUCUGUUAAUACUGAUGUAUGUGGAUUUCUAGUUCUGCUGCAUCAUCCUUUUUCUUUUCUGGAGUUUUCCUUCCUUAAGAGACCUAUGAAAUGUUCUCCUGUAUUAUCAGUUUUCCUUGCUAACCUGUCAGCUCACUCACACAGCUAAGGAAGAACUUGCUGAAUGCUACUUCAUAGCCUUUUUAAGGAUUUGUAAUGUGAUCAGAAAUCUCAACUAUUCCAGCAUACCAUUUGUGAAGGCAGGAUUCACUCAAAUAGUUUCAUGCUACCUAAGAACCAAGCUGUAUUACCCUAAAAUGUCUGGCAAAUCCUGACUUGGAUUACCAGUAUCUAUAUGAGAGUACAGGGGGAGAACACAUAUCACCAUGGCUACGGUAACCAGAAAGCAGAAAACAAUUGAACCUGUGACAGAUUGUUUUAGUGCAGGCAGCCUCUGUCCAGAAUGAUGGAGAAAACUGUAACUGAUAUUUUCUUGUAAGCAUUCCCCUUGAUAAUUGCUGUAUCACUUCUUCCAACUUGAGCCUGUGUACUGAACUGCAGCUGACAGUAUAACCUUGUCCUCCAAAUUGUCUCAAUAUUCAGGCAUUGUUUUUGUUGUUCUAGAAGUCAGUUACAAAACAAUGUGUUGCAUUCAGUAGUGAGGCUUAGCUAGUUUAUUUUGUCUUAAUUUAUAAGGAUUUUCCAAAACCGUAUAGCUGGCGUGUCAAAAUUAGAAGCUUAACGUUACAAGAACUUGUACAGCUUUCCAAACAUAUCUUAUCUGCACCACGAGUACUUCUCAGUCUGUGUCCAUGAUCUGUAUGAGGAAGAUGAUCGUUAUAAAUUGGAGGCAAUAGCUUUCUACAUAUAAAUGCUGCUACACUGGUGUAGACAGAACUGUCCUAUCAACUCUUCCAGUGUGGUACGUCAGUAUACUUAAACUGUGCAUUGUGUGCAAUGGCUUUAUUUUAUUAAUGACUCCUUAUGCACUUUGUGGCCUUUUAUGGCUUGUGACUUUUAUUCCUCUUACUGGUUACUUGUAGUCAAACUGUUUAAAACAUGCAGUUUGGUUUUAAACAAAGGAUACAGUUUGAUUUCCAUGUAAGCUGUGCAGGAUAAAGUAUUUUAUGCUGUGGAUCCAUAGUAUCUCUGCUGCAGUAGUUCUGUAGGCGGUAUUUAAAAGCUUGAAGCUUACAGAACAACCAGUCUGGGUUUUUCUCAUUUGCUGUCCUUUAUUUUGACCCUUAUGUUCUCCACAGUGUCAAAGUAUUUGAGUACUUAAUGUAAUUUUCUGUACUAAUUGGUCAUCCUUCUAAAAGUCACCUAUAGUAUGUACAGUGACCUUGCAGUGGAGGCUUAGCUGUAUUGGCUUCCUUCUCCUUUGAAAAUGUCAUUUUACAUUUUUAAAGACAGUGUGGUCUGAUGUGACCAAAGGUGAACUUGAUUGUUUUAAAAGAAGGGAGGGGAGUGCUUAAAUAGGUGCUUAAAGUGGGCUUUUUUUAGUGACCUCUCCAGGAAAUGUCUGGAGUAUUCCUGACUCUGACCUAAGUCUUGCUGCGAUGCCAUUGUUCAGGUAACUCUACUGUUAUCAAAAGCAGGCAAAACUACUUACUGUAAUUUUUGUUCUAUAGAAAGUGGAUUACUCUUCAGGCUAUCCAGAUUAUUCAGUCAUAGCCGAAAUUUAAAUUUGCAAGGAUGGUAUUCAGCUUUGGAGUUCCUGAAUACAGUUAACAUUUGGAUUAGCCCUAGGAUUCAUGAGAGUUACUCUACUCUGUUGAUUGGAUAGUUCUCCCUUGGUUACAUGUUCAUCUCCCGUUAAUUUACUGGGUACCAUGUGUGUGCCUUGUCUGGGUGGAUAACACGGACAGUUGAAUAUGGGAGACAACAGCUAAAAACAGACAAUCAGCUUAUAUGCCGCCUUUUCAGUGGAUGUUUAAGCAAUGUUUUAAACUUCAGGGGUGAUCUUCUUUUUGGCUUGCUUUACAUGACAAAACAUAAAUGCAAAGUUUCUUGGGAUUUUUUGUUAUUUUUAAACUACCAGUACAUACAAAGUUACCUCUGAAAUAUUUCCCAAAGAUCUCUAAAUUAUUUAUAUAGUUUCGCUGAUAUUUAUUAUAAAAACUAAAAGGGAAUAAGAUGAUGCUACGUUCAGUGAUAACCUUAACUACAGAACUGAAAGGAGUGCAUUUAAACUUCUUUGUAACUUAGAUGGUCAUCUUGAUUUGUAUUGGAAUGUAGUGUAUUUGUCACGCUUUCCUGUGCUAGAGGCAAAGGUCUUGGAUAUCUGAAAAAACUCUCAGUAAUCAGUUUCCUCAAAUUUCCCUUGUCUAGAGGAACCUUAAUUGUGUUUGCGAUCGGUUGCUUUUGGGCUCGGCAGCCAGUUAGGUUUGGGAAGCUCGGUGAGGCUGCAGCUCCCACAACCGGUCGAAAGAUGGCACCGGAGCACGGGUUCGUCAGAGGGAAGGGGGCGCCUCUGCCAGGGCCUGGCAGCGCCGUGCGUGACGGGGCCCUGGUUGUCGCCGAGGGCCUGGCACGUUGCGGGGACGUGGCAACGGUGGCCUGAGUUUGGAAAGCCCUUUAAAAAAAAAAAAAAUUCAGUGAAUGCAGUCACAUUUCACAGCCCCUCUAUUUCACAUUCGGUCCCUGUAGUGCCCUGUGAAAACAGGUGAGUUGUGUGUUGCAGAGGGCUGAGCCCAGCCUUCAAACUGACUGAUAGAGCUGCUCUUUCCGUCUGAAUUUCUGAUCUGCUAGCCUGUUUUAAGUAGGUUUAUGUUAUGGAUUUAUGGAGCUUAUUUUAAUUGUAAUUGAAACACCAACCUGUCCACUUGUAUGUUGACAUUGCAUCUGUCUAGUUCCCUGUUUACAUAAUGCACUCCAUGUAUUUCCUUUCUGAUUGAGAUGUUUAUUAUUGACAGUUUCUGCAGUUCUGUUUUUGUUCUUACAAUGACAAUUGUUACAUUCCUCAGACUGUAGCAUUUAAAAGAAUGCUUCCAGAGACAAAAGAUUGAACAGCCUUUAUAAAUGUUGCUUCCUGUUUAAGCUGUUUAAUUUUGGAAAACAAGCUGAAUGCUGAAGUGUGCCUAGGUAAAACUUUUCAACUUUCUGUCUGUUAAGACUCAGUUAUGUAAGUUUUCAGUUUGCCUACCCUGCAUAUGUGAACGUAGUUAUGCCCUCUGAGUACAUAGCUAAACGCUCACAAAUGACAGUUUGCAAAUACUUCAAUGCUCAUGUGAGGUUUGCUAUUAUUCUUGCAUACAUGUAAUUGGCUGUUAACUAUGUGCAUUUACUCUGUAUUUAUAUAGUUAACUUUUUGUUUGGAUUGCUUUAAACUUCAAAGCAGAUUAAAAUGAUGUGCUUCUAUUCAAA